CACAAGUAAUUCAUUUAAUUAUAAAUAGCAAUUUAAGAUUUGCGUAAAUUUUCAUUUGAGAAAACAUUUUGUACACAUAUAUAGGAAUCUACUUUCGCAUAGCACAACCGACGAAAAAGUAACUGUCAAACUGCAACGCGCGAAGUUUUAUAAAUACUACUGCAUUUUAAAAACGUGUAUGCAAUUUGUUCUUCGCCGCCUAGUCAGAUAAAACUCCGACAUGUCCCAGAACCAAGAAAAUACUUUAGCGAAUGAAUCGCAAAUACGUAUGUCGGAGUACCGAAGCUUAUUGACCAAAGUGGAGGAAAUCGAGGAAGAAAAUAGUUUGGGACUGAACACUAUUGAUGAGUUGGGGGAAGUGUUACAUAAAAUUAAAAACUUAGAUUCACAGACGGACAUAGAGCAAAAAGUACAAUUUUCAGAAGAAAUUUUUUUGGAUUGUUUAGUACUAUCUUCAACUAGUAAUAUUUUGAAGAAAUGCGUUAAAGCUGUGGAUGUAUUUACCACAACUUAUGAUAACAGACUAUUUGCUGAACGUAUUAAUUCAAAAAUUCAUGUAGUUGGGGAGAACAGCAAGCCUUUAAAUAUUUUAAAUCUUUUGAAAGAUGCUAGAGAAAUAAUUCCAAAUGUGCCUAAGUUAAGCUGUCUUUAUGGAGCUUUUGAAUUUGAUAAGGCACCAGAAGUUAAACAAAGAAAGGAAAGAGUUAAACACCAAAAAGAACAAUUACAGAAAAAAGCACCUGAACAUGUAGUAACACUGGACAAAGAAGAGCAAAAUAUAGAAACAAUUGUGACAUUAUUUUACAAUGUUUUAAAAGAAGAGUACCAGAAAAAUGAGGAAGAGCCAAUUUCUUAUUACGAUUUUGUUAUUGAUACUGAUGACUUUGCUACAACAGUAGAGAAUAUUUUUUAUACUUCUUUUUUGAUUAGAAAUGGAAAAGCCAAAAUGAAUUUAGAUAAUAGUGGCAAUCCUACAAUUGAGCCUGUUGGAAAGUCAGCUGCUAAAAAUUUUCGUAACAAAGGUGGUGUUAAUUCACAAAUAAUUACCUCAAUAAGUGUAGCAAACUGGCAGAAAUUCAAAAAACCAGGUUUCCUUCAAAAAAAUAAAGAUACAAUGAUUUUAGAAGAAUUUAUAUCUUAUUUGAACACAUACCUAAUAGGGUCUUCACAAAAUGACAGUAACAUAAUUAGAAAACAUACUAAAAAAUUGGAAACAUUAGGAGAUAUCAGUUUGCCCUUAGAUAUUAAAAACUGGCAUCACUUGUUAGAUUCAGGAAACGAUAUUUGUGGGUCCAAUAUUUUUGAUUAUUUACACUCAGUUAAACCCCUAGAAAGCCAUGUAAAAGAAUUACAAGAUGCAAGUAAAUAUUGGAAUAUAUGUAUCUCCAAUUUAAACAUUGUUGACAAUGAUUUAAGCAUAUUUUUAUGUAGAAAUAGUGUGUUUACUCAUACAAUACCAAAUGUAAUAAAAUUAGGUAUUCGCUAUGGUGCUAAUAAAAUUUUAAAUCACAAAAUUGAUGUUUCAAUAGAAGGUAAUGACCAUAAAAACUUAACUCAAUUGAGGUUAUCAAUUUUAUAUACAACUUUAAACAACUUUAUAAGUCAAUGUGUUGAUGAAAAUGCCACUGAGCAAUACACAAUUCAUUUAUCUACAAAAACAAAUGGUAAUUCACCUCAUAUUCUCUGUGGCCCCAUUUUAAAUAAGCAGGGAAUUAAAGACAUGACAACCACAUCAGAUGAAUUAUUUGAGGAAAGAAAGAAUGACUUGAUUGAGAGUGCACUGCAUAGGUUUCACCUAAAUAUAAAAAAUACUAAAGACUGGCAAGAGUUUUUUGAAAAGCUGGGACAUGCAGGGGUAACUAUAGAAAUGCUAUCUGUUAAGCCAAGUAAAGCAAUGAAAUUGUCAUUAACUGAUAGUACAACUGCAAAUAAAGGACCAGCUUUUAUUUUUUACAAUUGCGCCAGGAUAUCAGUUUUAUUCAAAGAAUUCCAGAGGAGAGUAGAGGAUCAAACUUAUCCAGAAUUGCCUGACAUUGAAACUGUGGACUUUUCAUUAUUAAACCAAGUGGAAGAAUGGGAGUUGUUAUAUGUUUAUGUCUUACAAUAUCCCUUAGUUAUAAAAAGUUGCAUUAAGGACAUCGCAAAAGGGAUAUUUAAUCCCCAAAAUCUGGUGCAAUUUUUGUCAAAUUUAUCUUCAUUGUAUAGCACUUACUACAGGAGGGUUAGGAUUCUUAUUGAUCCAAGAAAACAUUUAUUCGCACAACUUCACGCAAGGCUUUAUUUACUGAGAGCCGUGGAAACGGUUUUCCAUAACGCAUUAUAUUUAUUAAAUAUAGAACCUAUUAAAAAGAUGUAGCAAU